AUGGCUGGAAGUUCCCAGAAGGGCAAAAUGAAAGUGGACGUAUCCGUUCAGCACGAAUGUCUGCCGAAUCUUCUUCCUCGCGAAAUAUGGUCGAGUAUUGCCACGAUGGUUGCAUGGAAUUCGAUUCAGGAUCUGUUCAACAUGAAGACGAGUUGCAAGUUAUUUGCAUCUGCAUGCAAUUCCGACGCCGUGUACAGGCAUGCCUUGGUGUCGGUGUUGCCGAUUGAUUGCUUCCUAGACUACUCUGGGCGGCCUGCAAUGACAUUUCUGCGUCGAUGCACCAUAGCGUGGAAUCCGGCCGCUCUGUUCCGCGUAGGGAUGGCUCAUUUAUUUUGGUGUGGCCACCGCAGAGGUGGUAUACAGACCCUGACCGAGGCAGCAGAGUUGGGCGAUGUGGAGGCCUGCUACAUCUCUGCGAUGCUGCUACUGUCGCUUGGUGACAAGGACGAGAAUGAGAUCCGCCGUGGAUUCAAAUUUUUCGGUGUGAUCCGUAAGUCCGGCACAGUCGAAAGGUGCAGAGAGGUCUUCACGCAGGUGUUCGCGGGCCCGUGGUCGGAGAUACCCCCGGCGGACCCAGAAGAGCCCGUGUCAUGCCGUUCCGGCAAUUGCCGUACCUGCGGAACCAUGGAUGAUGUGAGCAAUUUUUCCAGUGUAUCGUGUGUGCAAUGCCUGGCCGAAUACAAGGUGCGGAAGUUCUUAGGGACUAUUUACGUUUAA